UCAUGUGACACUCCAAUGCUUGCAACUGACAUGCGCCAACAGGCCGUCUGUCUUGUCCUUUGACAGAUGACGUACACACUCGUCACAGAGCACGAACUCGGGCACGUCAAUCUCUCGACCACUGCCAAACUUCCCGAUGAAGCCUCUCAGCGAUCGUCGGUCUCGGUUUGCGAAGCUCAGGCUCUCCCGCUGAACGGUCCAGAGGCUCAUCGGAAUGUGGUGGCCCUCCACCGGCGCCCGCCCACAGUUGUGACAGCAGCCGCUCGCAAACGCGUACGUCGCCAGCUCGCUGCUCACGCGGGCGUCGACUGACGGGGCUGCCCGGCGCCGCUCUCGACCUGAUUGUCGGUUUGCUUGACGAUGCACUGCAUACUCCGAGUAAGAUGGACACCGCCUGCCCCUCGGGCACGUCUCCUCGCGACACUGCCGACACGCGUGAGGGCAGUUGCGACAAUCGUGACCCUCUGCACCACAAUUCGAGCACCGGCGCCUUCGUCGCGUGCCCUGCCGCGCUGCCGUUCCCUCCUGUUCCUCGGCCUCGUCACCGUCACUCUGCUGAUUCACACCACCAUCAUGUCGCUGCUGGUUUGGGCGAGGCCGAGCCCUGAAGUGUGGACAGUGUCUGCCCCUUUCACACAUCUCGUCACCGCACAUCCGACACACUUCAGGGCAAUUCCGGCAGUCGUGGUCCACCCCAUCACAGUUGGAGCAUCGCCGCCGCCUCCGAGUCCCCUCGCGCACCAUCGGCUCGUCCUCCAUCGGCUCGUCCUCCUCGACUUCAUCAUCCCCAUCGCCAAUCCCACCAUCAUCGUCCUCACCCUCACUCGCAUGACCCUCUUCAUCGUCAGACACACGAAACGAUGCCUCAGAACCCACAAGAUCCCCCAGAUCUCCGACAAAUGACUCGCUGUCGGCUGCAUCAUCAUCACUGAACGCAUGCACGAAAUCUCCACUCUCCAGUGACACCCCGUCGUCGUCGAACGCCUCCAUUGAACACUCCGCGGACACCAAAAUCUCUCCCAACGCAGAUCACUCGCGCUCACACUCCGAUUCCUGAUGCAAAGGCACACUACUCGAGAUAACACGACAAUGGCUGUUCUGUCUGCCUUCUGAACUUCGACAACUCUGAGCUGCUUGGAGUGGGGAAAACGGACCAAAG